UAUCCUCUGGGAUAUUGAGUGGUAAGUUGAGUAAAGCAGAUAAGGAAUAGUGGAGAGCAGAAAGGAGCACAACUGGACAGAAAACCCAAAAUAAAGAUAAGGGAAGAAUUUGGAAAAUAGAUAAUUGAGACCAAGGGUAGCAGAGCGAUUUGACUGGUAGAAGGAUUUUUGAGCAUAUUAUCCUCAUUGCUACAAUGUUUGGAACAAGUCGUUUGAUGCUGUCAGUGGCGGUGUUGAUUUGUGUGUGUGUCGUGAGUCCCACUGAGGCUGUAGGGGGUGCCAAGAGUCGUCCAAAGCCUCAAAGAAAACCUAAAGAAAAGGCAAAGGUUGAACCGGUUGAUAAGACCCCACCUGGUCAAAACAUAGACAUCAAUCAGAUGACGGGAACAUGGUACCUCCUCAACACUGCCACCAAAUGUUCUGCCCUGCUGAAGCAUGGAUACAAGAUUGAACCAACUGUCUUGAUCCUCUCUCUCUCUGGUGAAAAACUGUCUGUUAUUACUAAAACACGACAAAAUCAUCAGUGUUGGGAGAUAUCUCAGAUCUACCACCCAACUUCAACCUCAGGUCGACUAACACUUAAAGGACCAAGUCCUGACCUGGACACUACUAUAGUGAUUGGGGCUACAGACUACACCUCCUACGCUGUCAUGCUCUACCAGAGACGGGGCGAGAUCACAGUGAAACUCUUUUCUAGGUCUGUUGACAAAGUUGAAGAGUCAAUGCUAAUCAAGUUUGAGGAGCUUCUUGGGAAGCAGGGUUUGGGGCUGGGUCAUAUUGCCUCAUUUCCCACUUACAGUCACUGUGUCAACGUGGAUGAGGACCAUAAAAUCAACUGUGUCCCCACAUGUUGAAGAGGUAUAGCUGCAGCUCUCAGUCAGGAAGUUGGAUGAAAAACUGAGCCUCAACCAUAAAACUGUGAAUCUUCAUGAUGAUUAAUAAAAGAGUGAAAACAG